CACCCAAGGCCCCAUUUACCACUCAUCAUGGAGACCCAACGUGUCCUCUCAUCCUACCGAAAGCGUUUCGGGACUCAGAGCAGCCCUUCAGCCCCGCUCAUCACCAGGAGCCUUGGGCGUCUGUCCCUCCACAGCACCCCACGCCAUACAGCCCUGUCCAGCCCCAGCAUGUCCCGUCUGUCCCUGGGAACCGAGAGGCUUGACUUCUCAGCCGACUCGCUGCUGAAGGCUCAGUACCGUGAGACGCGCACCAAUGAGAAGGUGGAGAUGAUGGGCCUCAAUGACCGCUUCGCUAGCUACAUCGAGAAAGUACGUUUCCUGGAACAGCAGAACAAGGUGCUGGUGGCUGAGCUGAAUCAGCUGCGUGGAAAAGAGCCAAGCCGCCUUGGGGACAUCUACCAAGAGGAACUGAGGGAGCUGCGCAGGGAGGUGGAUGGCCUGAACAAUGCCAAGGCACGGCUGGAGAUUGAGAGGGACAACCUGGCAGCUGAUGUGGGCACACUGAAGCAGAGACUUCAGGACGAGACUGCGCAGAGACAAGAUGCAGAAAACAGCCUGAAUGCAUUUAGACAGGAUGUGGACGAGGCAGCUCUGAACAGGGUGCAGCUGGAGCGGAAGAUUGAAGCGCUGCAGGACGAGAUCAAUUUCCUGAAGAAAGUCCAAGAGGAGGAGAUGCGGGAGCUGCAGGAGCAGUUGAAUGCUCAGCAGGUGCACGUGGACCUGGACGUGUCUAAGCCGGAUCUGACUGCAGCACUGAGGGAGAUCCGAGUGCAGUACGAGGCCAUGGCAACCUCCAACAUGCAGGAGACUGAGGAGUGGUACCGCUCCAAGUUUGCGGAUCUGACUGACGCAGCCAAUCGGAACGCAGAGGCUCUGCGCCAGGCGAAGCAGGAAGCCAACGAUUCCCGCAGACAGAUUCAGGCCCUGACGUGUGACCUGGAGUCUCUGCGUGGAACCAACGAGUCUCUGGAGCGGCAGCUGCGUGAGAUGGAGGAGCGUUUCUCCACGGACACAGCGGCGUAUCAGGACACGGUGGCGCGUCUGGAGGAAGAGAUCCAGGCGCUGAAGGAGGAGAUGGCUCGACACCUGCAGGAGUACCAGGACCUCCUCAACGUCAAACUGGCGCUGGACAUCGAGAUCGCCACCUACAGGAAGCUGCUGGAGGGCGAGGAGAGCCGGAUCACUGUUCCUGUGCAGAGUUUUGCCAACAUGCAGUUCAGAGAAACCAGCAUUGACACUAAAACACCACCCGAGAGUCUCACUAAGAGAAGCAUCAUCGUACGAACUGUGGAGACACGCGAUGGAGAGAUCAUAAAGGAGUCGACCACGGAGAGGAAGGAGCUGCAGUAAUCACACAGCCGUGUCGAGUGUGGAGUGACGAGAUUUCAUCACUUCGUCGCUUCAUCACUUCAUCACUACACACAUGAGAGAUGCACUGAGAUUACACUGCUGAAGCAAAUUUAAACUGGAGAAUCUGAGAUUAGUCAGGAUCACAAUAAAAGUCACAAACACAAUAAAACAGUUAUAUAGAACAUCGUUGUUACAAUAAAACGAUUAACACAUUUAACAAAAUGAUAUAUUGUGCAGCCUUCAAGCCUUUACUGUUAUAUUGUCAUUUACUGUUCACUAACAUCUCAUUAGCACACAAACCCAAGGAUUAUAACACAUUUAUAUAGAAGAAACUCUUUCUUUGAUUGAAAUAGGUAAUGAUAAAGAAAAGAUUGAAAGUGACGUCUGAUUGUAUCUAAUUAAAGGGAUCGUCGGUCAUAAUUAGGUUAGAUCUGUUCAUUCCUGCUCGAGCAGGGCCAGUGCUGCCUUCACGUGUCAUCGGAAUUACUGUAAAUACCCAUUUUACUGUAAAUGAUCCAGGUUUUUCAAUCGGCAUCAUCAUUGCAGUGGAAAGGAUGGUAUCAGUGAUUGUUGCUAUAGAAACUUUGUUUUCCUAAAUACUACAUUUUUAAAAUAGAUCAUAGAUUUUUUAAAUCUUUGGGUGCAAACAUCCUGACGUCCAAAAGAUCCAAAAGAGCAAAACUGACCAUGCUCUGUGGGUGGGAGGGGCAUGCUCUCUCUCCCCUGUCAAUCACAGCGACACUAGUCAAUUGUGAGCAUCCGUGAAUUUAUAUAUGUGGAAGAAGGCAGAUAGCGAUUUCCUCUGGGUGACACAGCAUGACCUGCAAAAAAGAUACAGAGUGCUAGCGUCACGUGUUACACCUGUUAGCCUUCACCAUCCCCAGUUGGUAGCUAUCAAAUGAUUGUAUGAGAGCUGGGUGAUGGGUAGGAAGUGGCCAAGACCAAGGAAGAAAAUAGGCAGCAAAAAUAUGAAAAUGUUAAGUUGAUAUCAAAAUAGAUCACGCUAGCGAACUACCCUACUGAUAGCAUUAUUGAACACUUAUUGGAAAGACUUCGUAACAGCGACAAAUCCGAUGAGCAUGUGAAGGCAGCACUGAAUUCCAGAUGAUGAGGUCGGAAAUGUAGUGUUGUCAUGAGUAGUAUAGGUCUCAUUGUUAGUGGAACUUUUCUUUUUUUGUUCGUUUAGAGAGGAUGAUUGUUGUCUAGAUAUGAGUAGGUGUGGAACAGGCAGCGAGAUGUAGCUUUGUGUUGAAAUGUUCUGCAUGGACGUAUAGCAGCGGGAGAACCUGAAGGGUUUAGCAUUUUUUGGGAAUUUGAAAAGUAAUUUAGAAGCGUCUUAGUGAGGGGAAUUUAUCAGUGGUGCUAUGUGAAUGGAAGUUUUUCAUCCUUGUAUGUCUCUUGACUUUGUCUGUCAUGUCAAUCUUUAAUGCUUUAUUGUUAACGCUUUUAUGUAGCGUCUGAAUAAAGACUUUUUUUGUUUAA